UCAGUAUUCAUCGUGAGUCGGCAGUGAGUGGUUCGUACGGAAGUUGCGCGCGCGCGUUCGGUCUCUUGGGCACGGUUUGCCUUCAGGAAGACCCUUUCUCGGUUCUGUGUCGCCUGUCUGCAUGCACAAUUUUAUAGCCGUGCAUCGUUGCAUCGACCUCCCGUCCCGUCGGAUCCUACCGUACCGAGAUGUGCGCAAUUGAAUAAUUAAUUAGGAAAUGUGUGUGACUUUCUUUAGUUUAUCCGGCUCAACGAUUGGUUGAUUGAAAUCCUCUCAGAAGUCGUUAGCGAAGGGUGCAGGAGUUGUAAUGUUUCCAAUCGCGAGUGUAACUAUAAUCGAAUACGUUCUUAUCGCGCGUUCAGAAUCGGCUAUCAGCACAACCCAAUUGGUUCAUUCGCCCAAGAUUCCGAAGCCGUGACAUGCGGUGAGAAAUUUUCAUGGUGCAUGUUUUUUUGCUGUUAGAGAAAACGAGCGAGAGAGAGAGAUAGUGAAAGUUCAACAUCCGCACGCGCGUCAACAUGGCUGAAGCGUACGAGAUGAGCACUGCUGCCAGUGGCAGUCCGAGCCAAAGCAUUUGCAAGGAUACGGCUCUGGAGGCGGAUGACCGCGUCCUCGAUAAGGAACUACAUCUGCUGGAAACGGGAACGAUUGUCCAGAAGCGCCCGAACACGAUUCGACUGGCACCACUGAAGAUUCCGGCUCAUCCGCAGUAUAGUCCCAGUUUAGGUGGUGCCUCGACAGCAUCCUCUUUGGCUGCGGCUAGACUAUUCAAACCGGUUACCAUCAGUUUCAAGGAUUUAUCCUAUUCCGUGCGAACCGGUAUCUUCCGGAAAGGUCGAGAUAUUCUGAAAAAUAUCAAUGGAGAGUUUCGAUCCGGUGAGCUGACCGCAAUUAUGGGGCCGUCUGGAGCGGGCAAAAGCACAUUAUUGGACAUCCUGGCAGGCUAUACGGAGAGUGAUUUCACCGGUGAAAUCUACAUCAACAAGCAGCAGCGUGAUUUGAAGCGUUUCCGACGUCAGUCAGCCUAUAUCAUGCAGAAUCACAACCUUCAACCGCACCUGACCGUGCUGGAGGCGAUGCAUUUCUCGGCCAACCUUAAAAUCGGUACCGAACUGAGCCCGGCCAGUAAAAAGAUUAGGAUGAACGAAAUCCUCUGUGCAAUCGGUCUAAGCGAUCAUAAGAAAACACGUACGGCAAAGCUAUCCGGCGGGCAGAAGAAGCGGCUAGCCAUCGCCCUGGAGAUCGUCAACAACCCACCGGUGAUGUUCUUCGAUGAGCCAACCAGUGGGCUGGACAUUUCCACAUCCAAAAAGUGUGUGGAACUAUUGAAACAACUCGCCCGGGAAGGUCGUACGAUCAUUUGUACCAUCCACCAACCGUCGGCUCUGCUGUUGAACAUGUUCGAUCACCUGUUCACGAUUGCCGAAGGCGAGUGCAUCUACACCGGAUCGACCGGAAACAUUGUGCCAUUCUUGAAGGAGCUGGAGAUCAUUUGCCCGGAGAACCACAGCCCAUCGGAUUUCCUGCUGGAGAUCGCCACCUCUGACUGCGGUCGACAGAAUGAACUUCUGAUGGCCAAGGCCGAACAUGGCAAAAGCACCGCUUUCCGGAACCAGGAAACGUUCAGUCCGUUCCUGAUGCCGAUACUGGAGUCGCCGGUUUCGGUCGAUAUUCCGUCACACCCACCGAAGGGAGAUACUCAAUCGCCGCUGGCAAAACCAAAGAAACUAGCUAAAAAAUUAUCGUUCAAUCCGGAAAAGUGGUGCGGCAGAGACGAGAUCUACACCACCAGCUUCUGCCGGCAGUUCUAUCUGCUGUUGCUGCGGAUGUUCCUGAUCCUGAGCCGCGAUCAGACGCUGAUGACGAUGCGUCUGGUAAUUCACUGUACGACCGCAACGAUGAUAGGAAUUGUUUACUUCGGCAUCGGCAAUCAGGCGACCCACAUUUUCAACAAUUUCAACUAUUUGUUUUUCUCGAUUAUGUUUCUGAUGUACACGGCGUUCAGCUCGAUGACGAUGGCAUUCCCCCUCGAGCUACCGAUUAUAACCAGGGAACAUUUCAACCGUUGGUAUUCGCUUCGAGCCUACUACAUCGCGAUGACAGUGGCCGAUGUUCCGAUCCAGUUUCUGUGUACGGUUGCCUACAUUGUGAUUACGUAUUACAUGACUAACCAACCGCCGGAAGCCUACCGGAUGGGUUUGUUUAUCGUGAUUUGUCUCAUGGUGGCGUGGGUUGCCCAGGGACUGGGAUUACUGGUGGCAUCACUCUUCGACGUCAAAAAUGGAGCCAUUUUCGGACCCUUCUUCAUAUGUCCCUUCCUGAUAUUUUCCGGAUUUUUCAUCCAUCUGGACGACGCUCAUCCGGUGAUGCAUUGGCUGUUUCACAUUUCGUUUCUCAAGUAUGCCCUGCAAGGUGCAACGGUGGCCAUCUUCGGCUAUGACCGGCCCAAACUUGAGUGUGAGGAAACCUAUUGUCAUUUCGUGCUGCCAAAGAAAUUUCUCAAAGAGAUCAACAUGCUCGGCGCGGAUUUUGUCGAGGCUGUGAUUGCAUUGUUAGUAAUAUUUUUAGUGUUUCGUGUCGGCGCGUUUUACGUGAUGCGUUACCGGUUAAAGAACAAAGUGUGACAUUUUCCCUCCGUGUUAGAUUAGUUGCGUCCAGUUGCUGCUAGCGUUCUAUUAUGCCCUCUUGAAUGCGUUGACGGUUAGUAAUGCAAAGUGUGGGGCCCACAUUCCUCUCCCGAACAGAAGUAGCUAGAUCGUGAAGAGUUACAAUCGAAAGUUGUCGUAAAGUAGACAGUAUAUAGCGCAAUUUAUUCCAUUGUGAUCAAACAUUGUAAUUAUGACUGGAACGUAAAUCCGAAUAAAUGAAAUAUUCUUAAUAUAAUGGUCAA